UUGGCAAAGGUUCCUCUGAACAAACCGAACUCACCGUAACACCAAAGACCACCGUUCCAAAACACACGCUCUCACAACCACACCGCGCAUAAUGGACUCCCUCGCCGGAGCUCCGCCGCACAUCGUCGCACCUCUGUCGUCGCGACCGUCGCCGUUCCCCGGCCGGGAAGAUUGCUGGUCGGAGGACGCCACGUUCACGCUCAUCGACGCAUGGGGCGAACGCUACCUCGAACUUAACCGCGGCAACCUCCGUCAGAAGCACUGGCAAGAGGUCGCCGACGCCGUCAACGCCCGCCACGGCCACGUGAGCAGCAAGGCGCACCGCACCGACGUGCAGUGCAAGAACCGAAUCGACACGCUCAAAAAGAAGUACAAGAUCGAGAAGGCUAGGGUUUCCGAUGCCGGCGAUUCCGCCACCGCCUGGCCGUUCUUCCUCCAACUCGAUUUCCUCAUCGGAGACACUUUUCCGGCGAAGAAGCCCUCGCCGCCGGCAAUCACCGGCAAUCGGUGGAACACUCCUCCGGCGAAGUCCCCGUCCUGGGCGCUCGUCCCGGUCGGUCCUCGAUCCGGCACGCAGAAGCGGCCGGCGGGGAAGGCGACGUCGCCGGCGAGUGUGGACAAUUCGUACUUCCGGCGGAAUUUCUCUGCCUUUGCGGCGGCGGAAGCGGACAGUGAAAAUUCGAAUGGCUCGAAAUGGAGCAGUGAGAGUAAAAAGAGGAGGAAGAGGAAGAGGGAAUUUGGGUACAGAGAUGUUGCAGAAGCGUUAGAGAGGUUUGGGGAGAUAUACGAAAGAGUGGAAGAAGCGAAGCAGAGGCAAAUGGUGGAGUUGGAGAAACAGAGAAUGCAAUUUGCUAAGGAUUUGGAGUGCCAGAGGAUGCAGCUCUUCAUGGAAACGCAGGUUCGCUUGCAAAGAAUCAAUGCCUCCAAGCGUUCUUCUGCGCCUGGUUAG